CAGAGCCGAUGUUAACAGCUGUUUUUUUCCAUUGUGAUGUGACAUCUCUAUUGACAACAAUUUAUUUGCGGAAAGGGAUAUUGAAAAGCUGAUUAAGAUAUGGCACGAAAUGCAGAAAAAGCAAUGACAACAUUGGCUCGUUGGCGUGCCGCCAAAGAAGCUGAAUCUGGAGAGAAAGACAGGCGUCCAUACUUGGCAUCAGAAUGCUCAAGUUUACCGAAAUGUGAAAAAUAUCGCCUGGAAAUUAUACGAGAAAUUUCUAAAAAGGUUGCACAAAUACAAAACGCCGGUUUAGGAGAAUUCCGGAUACGAGAUUUGAAUGAUGAAAUUAAUAAACUGCUACGCGAAAAGCGACACUGGGAAAAUCAGAUCUCAGCUUUGGGUGGACCACAUUAUCGGCGUUACGGCCCAAAAAUGUUUGACGCAGAAGGACGAGAGGUUCCCGGAAAUCGAGGCUAUAAAUACUUUGGAGCUGCAAAAGAUCUUCCCGGUGUACGUGAACUAUUCGAACAGGAACCACCAGCUCCUCAAAGAAAAACACGAGCAGAACUAAUGAAGGAUAUUGAUGCAGAAUACUAUGGUUAUCGAGACGAUGAUGAUGGCACGUUAAUACCAAUAGAAGAUCGCAUUGAACGUAUAGCUAUACAAAAAGCUUUACAUGAAUGGAAAGAGAAAAUGUCACGUGAUGGUCAUAUAGAUGAAGAGGAGGAAGAAGAGAUUUAUGGUUCUUUGAAAGCUACUAAUGAUGAUACUGCAGAAACAGGUGAUACUGAAGACAUGAUUGCAAGUACAACGGCUGUGACUGAUCCGUUGGAAAUGUUAGCACCGCGUUUUACUGCCCAUGUUCCAGUUCCAACUCAGAAAGAUAUAGAGGAAGCUCUGUUAAAGAAGAGAAAACAAGAACUGCUUGAAAAGUAUGUGGGAACUGAUUGAAUAAUUGUUGUUAUUUCUCUUGCUUGUACAUAUUUUGGAAAUAGUCCUAGGUGGAGUUUCUAAAAUUUGUAAAAUAUAAUAUAUAAAUUUUUGUACAUGAACUACCCGUUCUUUUUAAAAUAUAUUUUU